CCCUCUUCUUGUCGUCAGUUUUUCGUUCUUAUUAGGAAAAGAGAGAGCUGUCUAACAGCUGAGCGCAGGCUUGCCGCAAUAGGCUCAGUCAGAAUAGAGGGAUGCUGCUCUAUCUCUCACUGCUUAUGUCGCCGAGGUGAAAGGAAACUUUUUUUUUUUCCUUUUGGUCUCCUCAUCAGCUGUGAACACUUACUCCACGAGCUUUCUUUUCCUUUUCACCUUUAGUUAUUACGCUGCGGUGACUUAUUCAUAGCUGCAGAGCAUAUCACUUCUGGGAUCGUUUUCCUCACCCACCCCUGCCGGGUCCUGAUCGACAAGAGAAAAGGAGGAUGGAGACGAGCCCCAUCCCGGUGGUGACGGUCCAAACCGCCCCCUUUGAAGACCAGCGGCCCGGCACCAACGGGCUGCGGAGGAAGACCGCGGUGUUCGAGGGGAAGAAGAACUACCUGCAGAACUACAUCCAGAGCCUCCUGUCCUCCAUCGACCUGCGGGACAGACAGGGCUGCACCAUGGUGGUGGGCAGCGACGGCCGGUACUUCAGCCGGGCUGCCAUCGAGGUCAUAGUGCAGAUGGCCGCUGCGAACGGGAUUGGUCGUCUGGUAAUUGGUCUCAAUGGCCUCCUUUCCACUCCUGCCGUGUCCUGCAUCAUCAGGAAGAUCAAGGCGAUCGGUGGCAUCAUCCUCACGGCGAGCCACAACCCUGGAGGCCCCGGUGGAGACUUUGGAAUCAAGUUCAACGUGGCUAACGGAGGUCCGUCUACUGAUACGGUGAUAGAGAGGAUCUCCCAGGUGAGCCGGACUCUGGAGGAGUACGCCAUCUGCCCUGAUCUGCGCAUUGAUCUCUCUAGGCUGGGAAGACAAGAGUUUGAUCUCGAGAACAAGUUUAAACCUUUUAGAGUGGAGAUUGUAGACUCCGUCGAAGUCUACCUACAACUGCUGCGAAACAUCUUUGACUUCUCCGCCAUUAAAAGUCUCCUCACAGGACCAGAUCAGCUGAAGAUACACAUAGAUGCCAUGAAUGGAGUGAUGGGCCCCUAUGUAAGAAGGAUCCUGUGUGAUGAGUUAGGAGCCCCAGCCAACUCUGCCGUCAACUGCGUCCCCCUGGAGGACUUUGGUGGCCGACCACCGGAGCCCACCCUGACCUAUGCCACCUCUGUGGUAGAUGCCAUGAAAGGGGGCGAGUUUGGCUUCGGAGCUGCCUUUGAUGCGGAUGGGGACCGGUACAUGAUCCUUGGAGAAAACGGAUUCUUUGUGAACCCUUCGGACUCGGUUGCCAUCAUUGCUGCAAACCUCUCCACCAUCCCUUACUUUAGACAACAUGGCGCCAGAGGCUUUGCUAGGAGUAUGGCCACCAGCGCAGCUCUGGACAGGGUAGCCAAAGCCAUGAAGCUGGCUCUUUAUGAGACUCCCACAGGCUGGAGGUACUUUGGGAACCUGAUGGAUUCUGGGCGCUGUUCCCUGUGUGGGGAGGAGAGCUUUGGAACUGGUUCUGACCACAUCCGCGAGAAAGAUGGCCUGUGGUCGGUGUUGGCCUGGUUGUCCAUCAUGGCCGCCAGGAAACAAGGUGUGGAGCAGAUUGUCAGGGAGCACUGGGCCAGGUUUGGCCGCAACUAUUUCUGCAGGUUUGAUUAUGAAGGCCUGGACCCACGUGCAGCCUUUUACCUGAUGAGGGAUCUGGAGACGGUGAUCUCAGACAAGGCUUUCAGCAGCCAGAAGUUCGCUGUGGGAGACCACGUCUACAGCGUGGAGCGGGCCGAGAACUUUGAGUACAUCGACCCGGUGGACGGCACAGUCGCCCGGAACCAGGGCUUAAGGAUCGUCUUCACCGACUCUUCCCGUCUCGUGUUUCGGAUGAGCGGGAGCGGCGGAGGGACGGGCGCAACCAUACGCAUCUACGCUGAGAGCUUUGAGAGAGACCCUGAGAGACACAGCAGAGAGACUCAGGUGGUGCUGGGGCCUCUCAUUGCCAUCGCCCUGAAGAUCUCAAACAUUCACGAGAGGACAGGACGGCGUGGUCCAAACGUCAUCACAUGAGCUAAGAGGAAAGAAACGGGAGACACACACACACACACACACACACACACACCCUAUAUGCAUCUACCUGCUCACACUGUUCAUUUAACCUUAUGUACUUAUUUGCAUUUCCGCAGCUUCAGCCUGGUUUUUCACUUUGCCUUGAACAGCGACUAACGUCAGAUUUUCAUUUUUUUUUUGUCUCUGCUGGGAUUUGUCUCCCAAAUACAAACAUGUUGUCACAGCCACACAUCUCUGUUCGUUUUUUGUCCACUAUGAUGAGUCAGUAACUGAAAAAAACAUGAAGCAAGUUCAAAUACUUCAAUGGAUAAAUAAUGGAAAUUAUGCAAACAAUAAACACAAAUGUGAAGACAGAA